GACAGGGCCCUCUGCUGCCUAUCAUUCUUCACAAUCUCACCGCCAUUGUCAGGGCACGCUCUGAUCGCAUUCCCUUCCCCUACGGAUGGUGACUCACUCCGAUCAUGCUGGCCCAAAGGGUCAUGGCACGCGCUUGGAUACUCGCUUCACGUUGCGCACUGUGUCUUUCCUUGCUUGUGGUUCUUUGUCUCUCCGGUUUCUUUUCUUUCCCCUCUUGUCAACCGGAUUUCUUUACUUUCCUAAUUAUUGUUCCGUUUCAUGCGUUGUCGCGUCGGUGUUGGUGGUCAUGGAUUUAGCAACAUUUCGGGAUACCAGACCCAGAUGCCCCCUCAGCUGGGGUCUCGUCAGCGGUUUUGCUUUUUUUCUUUCUUACUCGCGAUUUCCGAUCUAAUUAUUGCCCCUUUCUUUUGUCACUUUUCUUUUUGUUUUUCAGCGUCGGAUGUUCAGAUACCCCGUCUUGUAUGUCAUCAUGUUGUUUCCUGGCGCUUCCUUGUUUCAUUUUCCCCUUCAUUCUCAUACCCCGAGCGUGUUACACAGAACAGCUCCCGCGUUACUUUAGAUGGAUUGCAUAUUGCAUAGCUCAGCGACAUACCCCAUUAAUUCAUGCAGCGAUG